AUGGCUACAUAUGUAGACGAGUCGAUCGACAGUUAUUUCUAUUCAUCUUACAACCCUUAUUCUGGCAGGUAUCCCAAACCAAAAGGUGCGGGCUGGAGAAACAAUUAUUUGGCCAACUAUGUGGCAUCAGAGGACUAUUUUGAUAACCACCAGCGUGCGCAACUUAAAUCUAUCUUGUCUCAAAUAAACCCCAAUCUUACACCGAGGCUACGGAAAGCAAAUACCAAAGAUGUCGCUGUGCAAGUCAACCCGAAGAAGGAUGUCUCGGUGCAGUGUUCCCUCGGCCCAAGGACCCUCAUGACCGGAAAGCGAGACGCUUUGCGCAAGAGGAGACAGGAGGCCCAGACACCCGGUAGUCCCGGCAGCUCCGUGGGAGGCGUGCUCUACCCUCGCACACUGGCGGUCUACUCACCUAUCGCGUGUAGGAGACUUACAUCUUUUCUAGAAGACGACAAAGGGGGGUCUAGUGAAGCACAGACCGGCGACCCACCUGAAACCGUGAAAAAGAAUAAAGGCGAAAAGUCUGCAGAGGACAAAACAGAAAAGGCAAAGGAAGAAAAGACUAGUAAAAAAUCUAGUAAGAAGACUGACGGGUCAGUUAUGACCGAGGUUGUCAAAGCCAAUCAGGAUGGAUCGAAAGUCAAGGACCGCGUGAGGUUUCAGGUGAGCCCCAUGCUGACAAUUUAAGUUUAGUCGGCCAGUCUGAAACAGACCCACACACUAAAAAAGAAAUACAAUAAGAAUAAUUGACAUGAAUAGUUUGUAAAGGUAGAUGUGUAAAGGUCUAGACGGCCACUAUGUAAUUCGCAUUCUGACUGGACUCAAUUCCUUCCCUAGUUUCUGGAGCAGAAGUAUGGGUACUAUCACUGCAGAGACUGCAACCUGCGUUGGGAGAGUGCAUACGUUUGGUGCGUCCAAGGAACGAGCAAGGUAUAGUAUGCUGGUCCAUUCAAUCCCAGAAGUAUGACUACUGCUACUCUGGUAGUCUCUUCUCAAUUGCUGUCUCUGUUUCAGGUCUACUUCAAGCAGUUCUGUAGAACAUGCCAGAAGUCCUUCAAUCCUUACCGGGUCGAGGACAUCACCUGCCAGGUAAGAAUCUAGGCUUCUGUUCUACUCUACAUUGUUAAACUGACAUAAAAACCACCAGGUUAAACCAUGACUUGACACGAAACUUGGGUUCUCCACUUAACCGUGUCCUGUCUCCACAGACUUGUAACAAGGCGCGCUGUGUGUGCGAAGUGACCCCUCGUCACAUUGACCCCAAACGCCCCCACAGACAGGAUCUGUGUGGCAGGUGCAAGGGCAAGCGGCUCUCCUGUGACCGCACCUUCAGUUUCAAAUACAUCAUCUAG